AUGCAUAUUCAGCCAGAGACUUGCAAAGCGAGUCAUCAUGGACAGCUACAAUUGACACCCGUCUGCUGGGUAAAUCUACCUAUCACAAGGCGAGCAAGGCGACAAUUUUGUAUUAAGUUUAAGCUUUCAAGGAGCACAAAUGAUACACUAGAGACAUUUCGGAUACUAGCAUUCCCAUUCAUAUUGGCCCGAGGUGUUUCAAGAAACCGCAUCGUGCCACACAGUCUAAUCGAUCGCCAAGUGUUUGUCGCAGGUGCCCGGCCGUUGGCGUUGUUGCCUCUCCUUUCCCCCACUAUUUUCUCGCGCUUUGUGUGGCUGGAGCUUGUAACCGACAAGAAAAGCAUCAUCCGGACGCUUGGCCUAACGCUGUUCCUUUACCGGCUCGAAAUUCAGCUAUCUGGCCCUGCAGCAUCCUCGGGGAACAUCUCGCAGUGUCAGGGACAAUCUCCUCCAUUAAGUCGAUAACUAAUUAUUAACUGGUAUCUUCCAGAUGCCUGGAUUAGGGGAAGGUUUUAGAUCUGCUAUUUAUUUUGACUUUUUCAGUAGCAAACUGCAUUGCAGAGUGGAUGCGACAGCAAUUGAAGUGUAUCGCAACAGAUCGUCCUAUUGGGUUGAAUAAGAUACUCGAACAAACCACGCUAUGAAGUGCUUCGAGGGGAAAAUCACACAGGAGCGGCAGAAUCGGGUAUCAGUCAUUGGGGACAUAUAUCUCGGCCGCAACCUAUUUUUGAGAAUUGGUUUGACGAGAACAAUAGCAACCGUCGUGAUGGCAAUAAAUAUCCAUGCAGUUCAUUGAUGUCUACUUUCAGUGAGAAGUAAGGGGGUUUGGGGGAUAUGUGGUGCUGGACCCAGCGGAUCGAUCUGUCCCUUGGCCAGCUGGCGAGUCGCUAUUUUUAAAAAUUUCAGAAGAGGGCUGAACUGUUGAAUACCCUGCGUGUGGGAUUCAAGCUAUCAUUUUCCAGAAUACAAAGCAAAAGAAGUCAAGGAAAAGGGGAGAAAUAAUCCCCGUUAAUUUCCUUAGAUUUCCGAGGGUCCAUCGUAAGCUCUGAAAAGUGCUGUCACAAGAGCAUAACGGGCCCCUGAAUCAUGACAGGCCUAUUGCGUAUUUACAAGGAAGAAUUCUGAAUUAAGUCAGCUCAUAAAGCUUUCUCUC